GGCAGUGACUGACUCUUUCCUACCCCAUUCAACAGUGAGCCAGGCUUUGAGCGGCUGCCUCUAGACGCCCCUUUUGCGAGUGCCAGAGGACACUAAAAUCAGCCGCUUUCCGAUGAUACGAUUCACACUGAUCCAGGUCCAGAAAUGCCCAUGGUGUGUGUGACAGACUUUGAGGCGCAAGCACGGGAACUUCUCUCUAAGUCAACUUGGGAUUAUAUUGAAGGAGGAGCCGAGGAAGGCAUCACGCGGGAUGACAACAUCGCAGCGUUUAAAAAAAUCCGCCUCCGUCCCCGGUACCUGAAAGAUGUGUCGCACGUGGACACCCGGACCACAAUCCAAGGAGCGGAGAUCAGUGCCCCCAUUUGCAUCGCUCCUACCGGCUUCCACUGCCUCGCCUGGCCUGAUGGAGAGAUGAGCACAGCCAGAGCUGCCCAAGCAGCGGGCAUCUGCUACAUCACCAGCACAUAUGCCAGCUGUACCCUAGAGGACGUUGUCGCUACUGCCCCCAGAGGCCUCCGGUGGUUCCAGCUCUAUGUGCAGCUAGAUCGGCAGCUGAACAAGCAACUGAUCCAGAAGGUAGAAUCCUUGGGGUUCAAAGCUCUGGUAGUCACUGUGGAUGUGCCCAAACUCGGCAACAGGCGACAUGACAUUCGAAACCAACUGGACUUGAAGACGAACUUACUGCUAAAGGAUCUUCGAUCACCGAAGGAGAGAAGUUCAGCGCCUUAUCUCCAGAUGUCUCCCAUCGACUCCUCCUUGUGCUGGGAUGAUCUCUCCUGGCUUCAGAGCGUCACUCAGUUGCCUAUCAUUCUUAAAGGGAUCUUGACAAAAGAGGACGCAGAGUUGGCCGUGAAGCACAAAGUGCAUGGCAUAAUUGUCUCCAACCACGGAGGGAGGCAGCUUGAUGGCGUUGCUGCUUCUAUCGAUGCCUUGACAGAAGUGGUGGCUGCUGUGAAAGGGAAAAUUGAAGUGUACAUGGACGGUGGGAUCCGAACGGGCUCUGACGUGCUGAAGGCUCUGGCCCUUGGGGCCAAGUGCGUUUUCCUGGGGAGACCAGUCCUGUGGGGUCUUGCCUGCAAGGGUGAACGUGGUGUUGAGGAAGUUCUGAACAUUUUAAAAGAUGAGUUCCACACUUCCAUGGCCCUGACAGGUUUGGCUAUGGCUGGCUGGAGCUGCCUGGUGACGGGAGCCGGAGGAUUUCUGGGUCAGAGGAUCAUCCGCUUGUUGGUGGAGGAAAAGGAGCUGCAGGAGAUCAGAGCGCUGGAUAAAGUCUUCAGACCGGAACUGCGGGAAGAAUUUUCUAAGCUCCAGGGCAAGGUCAAGCUGACGCUGCUGGAAGGAGACAUUCUGGAUGAGCAAUGCGUGAAGAGAGCCUGCCAGGGCACCUCGGCUGUCAUUCACGCCGCCUCUGUCAUUGACGUCUUUAAUAUCAUUCCGAAAGAGACCAUCCUGAAUGUCAAUCUGAAAGGUACCCAGAACCUGCUGGAGGCCUGUGCCCAGGCAAGUGUGCCAGUCUUCAUUUAUACCAGCACCAUAGAGGUGGCUGGGCCCAACUCCUACAGAGAAGUCAUCCAGAAUGCCCACGAAGAAGAACAUCACGAAACGAGAUGGUCUUCUCCGUACCCGUACAGCAAAAAGCUCGCCGAGAAGGCUGUGCUGGCGGCGAAUGGGUGGGCUCUUAAAAACGGUGGCACCUUGUAUACUUGCGCCUUAAGGCCCCCAUUUAUCUACGGGGAAGGGAGCCCGCUGCUUUAUGGUUUCAUUGACCAUGCCCUGAAGAACAACCGCGUCCUGACACAUAACAGCAAGCUGUCCAUUGUCAACCCAGCCUAUGUCGGCAACGUGGCCUGGGCCCACAUUCUAGCUUUGAGGGCCCUGCGGGACCCCAAGAAGGUCCCAAACAUCCAAGGACAGUUCUACUACAUCUCAGAUGACACACCUCACCAAAGCUAUGAUGACCUCAAUUACACUUUGAGCAAAGAAUGGGGCUUCAGCCUUGAUUCCAGAAUGAGCCUUCCCAUAUCUCUGAAGUACUGGCUUGGCUUCCUGCUGGAAAUCGUGACCUUCCUGCUCAGUCCGGUUUACCGAUUCCGACCCCCGUUCAACCGCCACAUAGUGACAUUGUUGAAUAGUGUGUUCACCAUCUCCUAUAAGAAAGCUCAGCGAGAGCUCGGGUAUGAGCCCCUCUUCAGCUGGGAGAAAGCCAAGGAGAAAACCAUGGAGUGGGUUGGCUCCCUGGUGGAACAGCACAAGGCGACCCUGAAAGCAAAGACUCACUGAGCCGGCGGUGACAAGGGUGUGGGUGUGGACAUUGUUAGAUGUCUGUCAAACUCCCCCCUUCUCGCUUCAUACGGACAGUAACACGGGCACAAAUCCAGGUCCCCUUUUAGGAGACAGCCACCUUAGUGUGUUCCUCCUCCUAUCAGAAACCUGCCCGGUCAUCGGCCCAACCAGAAGCUUCCUGCCCCACCCAACCCUCCAGAGAACAGACAAGGUCCCCACGUCCCCGUUGCUGACUCCGAGCUCUUCAGGCCUCUUUAAUUUUAGAAUUUUGCCUAUUCUACUUCUUUGUUAAUUGCACAAUCACGCCUUUUAAAAAUUCCUAUUCUUCGCACAGCUCAAUGAAGAGAAUAAUAAUAAAUGUUUUACUGCCUAAUCUGGAGGAAGUUGUGGUUUAUGUGAACACAUACCUUUCUCCUUUCUUCUCCAUUUCCAGGUAUUACCGUCUCCUAUUAGAAAAGCCGCGUGAAACUGGGGUGGGCAGAAGGUUCUGGAAGGGGGAACUAAGCUUGACUAAACACCUACUAUGUUUCC